CGUCCCAAAGCUCCGUGACGUCAUUUAUUCCGCGUUGGCCUGGACGUGGCACCGAGCGAGCUGCGCCAAUUCUGCUGCCGAUCUCCGCUCAUCUUCCGGAAUCACUUGUUUUCCUCUCGCGGGCCUCAUCCGGGACACUUUUGUCAAAAUGGGUCUGACGAUGUCGGUGUUGUUUGCGAAGCUGUUUGGCAAGAAGCAGAUGCGGAUACUGAUGGUGGGCCUGGACGCAGCCGGCAAAACUACCAUUUUGUACAAACUGAAGCUGGGGGAGAUAGUCACCACCAUCCCAACCAUCGGGUUCAACGUGGAGACGGUGGAGUACAAGAACAUCUGCUUCACCGUCUGGGAUGUGGGCGGUCAGGACAAGAUCCGACCCCUGUGGAGACAUUACUUCCAGAACACGCAGGGUCUGAUCUUUGUGGUGGACAGCAACGACAGGGAGCGUGUGGCCGAGUCGGCGGAUGAGCUUUCCAAGAUGAUCCAGGAGGACGAGCUGAAGGAUGCCGUGCUGCUGGUGUUUGCCAACAAACAGGAUCUUCCCAACGCUCUGGACGUCAGCCAACUCACAGAAAAACUGGGCCUGAACAACCUGCGCAGCCGGACCUGGCACAUGCAGCCCACCUGCGCCACCCAGGGGACGGGUCUGUACGAGGGCCUGGACUGGCUGUCCAACGAGCUGGCCAAACACUAGACCGCCAGACACGGGACCAGGAAUGCACCGGGUUGGACGUCGGCGUGAUGUCACCACGCCGGGGGCGGAGCUUUUCACAGGACUUUCACAGGAGUUUUUUCUUUUAAAUUAUAAAGGUGUCAGCUGGAGGCGGCGUCACGGACUCCCAUUAUCCUCUUUUAUUAUUAUUAUGUUAUUACGCAUGUUUUUACUCCUAAAUCUGUGAGUGAUGUUCUGGGUAAGGGGCGGGGCUUAUGCCAGGUGGUCAUUGAUCAAUGUGAUGCAAUAAAAGUGUUUUUCUUCAGUAAAGCAAC